UCUCAUAAGUGGACUUAGCCAACUUCUGAGACGGCAUUUUCUUAGACAUGUACUCAACUCGCCUCAACUUUCGCCCCUCCUGCUGCGCAAGCACGGCGCCAAUGCCAUAUUGGCUAGCAUCCAUGGUUACUAUAAAUGGCUUAUCAGGAUCGGUCUUGGAGCAGCACGACGGCGAGGAUUGGCACCCUGUGGAGUGUUUCAGCCACAAAGUGUCUCCCAUCAAUUCUCUGGAUGAUGCAAGGAAGGAGCUGCUUGCGUUCGUCAUGGCUCUCAAGCGAUGGCGGCACUUCCUUCUUGGGCGUCGUAGGUUCACAUGGGUCACGGACAAUAACCCAUUGACCUACUACAAGACGCAGGACAUGCUAUCUUCGGAUCACCGGUCGGCCAGCCACUAUCGCAUUGCCGACGGGUACUUGCUCCUCCACUCGAGAGGCAAGGACUUACUGUGUGUCCCACGCGACCGCCGUCUUCGGACUCGCCUUCUCGGCGAGUAUCAUGAUUCGCGACUCGCCGGCCAUUUCGGAGUCAAUCGCACGAUUGCACGGCUUCGACAACAAUUCCGAUGGCCCGACCUCAUUUCCGAUGUCAUGCGGUAUUGCGAUUCUUGCGAAGUUUGCCGACGCAGCAAACCCCGCAACCGCAAUCCCUAUGGCGAGUUACGCCCGAUGCCUAUCCCCCGGGAACCCGGUAUCUCCAUUGCUAUGGAUGUCACCAAUCCAUUUCCUCGAGACCAGCUCGGGCACGACGGCAUCCUCACGGUUGUGGACCGAUUGAGCAAGUACGCACGUUUCCUUCCUUGCAAGUACUACUCCACGGCUCCCGAGCUGGCACGCCUCUUGCACACCGGUUGGAUUUGUGGUCACGGCGUACCCGAGGACAUAAUCAGCGACCGUGACACUCGUUUCAUGUCGACUUUUUGUACCUCUCUCAUGCAGGAGUCCGACACGACGAUGAAACCCAGUUCAGCUCGGCAUCCACAGACAGACGGGCAAACGGAGCGGGCACAUCAGACCGCUCAAAUGAUGCUUCGUACGCUCAUCCGUCCGGACCAGAAGGAUUGGGUUGACCGCCUCCCCGACAUCGAGUUCGCCUACAACACUUCAGUGCACGUGGCGAUCGGUGUGACUCCAUUCGAGUUGCACCACGGUGGACGGAAAGGCCGUAUCUUCGCUAAUCUUCUCCUCCCUCGACCAGCCGACAUGGACGCCGCUUGCUCUCCCGCUUCCGUCCGGAAGUACAGGGAAUUGCUGGCUCAAGCCCGCACAAACAUGCAAAAGGCUCAAGUCCGCAUGCAGCAGCAAGCCAACAGGCGYCGCGUACCAUGUCCCAUCCGCGCCGGAGAUCGAGUUUGGGUCUCCUCGGAAGAGUUUGCAUUGGAACAGGAUGUCUCACGCAAACUACUCCCUAAGUGGUUAGGACCAUGGACAGUGACAUCAGCUGCGGGCGAUGAGCCCGAUGGCCCUUCAUUUGUGAUCGACAUUCCUGAGCAUCUGACGGUCCAUCCAGUCUUUCAUGCGUCAAAGCUGGCAACAUAUACACCAACUAAGAGCGAUGACUUCCCGGGCCGACGAUCGCAGGACCCUCCUUCUAUGGAUGGUCAUCAGGAGGUUGACCACGUCAUCUCAGAUUGCAAGUAUGGCAGCAAGCCGCACCAGUACAAAGUUACAUUCAGAGCAUGCGAUCCCGACGACACUCGGUGGAUUUCAGGAGUAGAUUUGAAAGCGUCUGCACCGCUGAUCUACGCACACUACGAGCGACAGAGCUUAGCCAAGGGACCUCCACGACCUGCCCCUCCCACCCGGACUGUGGUCCCUCCCUCAGACAGACAGCUUCGCCCUCGUAGGUAAGCUCGAUCUUUCAAGGAGGGGGGGGUGUGGCAUACUGUGCAGCCACACAGGCCCUGCAGGGCCCGUCCCGGACCUC